AGUGACCCGGACAUGCUACCGCGGCCUGUUUUCUCAACGCAGCCUUCUUCCUGUAGCCCGGUUGAGGAAGUGAAUUUCGCUGACAGGGCUGGGUUCAGUGAGGGAGAGGCGAACAAAACAUAUUCUAAGGGGCACUAAAAAACAACAAAAGGCGUGAGGAGCUUUUUGUUGCGCCGCAGUCGAGCUAACGAGUACAACCGUCGGAGAACCUGUGCUUCCUCGCCCCGCUGAGACCGCCGCAGACAUGAACGACCAGCAGCUAGACUGUGCCCUGGAUCUGAUGAGGCGUCUGCCUCCUCAGCAGAUCGAGAAGAACCUCAGUGACCUCAUUGACUUGGUACCCAGCCUGUGUGAGGACCUCUUGUCCUCUGUGGACCAGCCCCUGAAGAUUGCCCGGGACAAGGUGGUGGGAAAAGACUAUCUGCUCUGUGAUUACAACAGAGACGGCGACUCCUACAGAUCUCCGUGGAGCAAUAAAUAUGAACCUCCCAUUGAAGACGGUGCCAUGCCAUCAGCACGUCUGAGGAAACUCGAGGUUGAAGCCAAUAACGCCUUUGACCAGUACAGAGACCUGUACUUUGAGGGUGGUGUGUCUUCUGUGUACCUAUGGGACCUGGAUCAUGGCUUCGCUGGAGUUAUUCUCAUCAAGAAGGCUGGAGAUGGAUCCAAGAAGAUCAAAGGCUGCUGGGACUCCAUCCAUGUGGUGGAAGUGCAGGAAAAGUCAAGUGGUCGCACUGCUCACUACAAACUCACCUCCACUGUCAUGCUGUGGCUCCAGACAACCAAGACUGAUUCUGGAACUAUGAACCUGGGCGGCAGUCUUACAAGACAGAUGGAAAAGGAUGAAACAGUUGGAGAAUCCUCACCCCACAUCGCCAACAUCGGCCGCCUUGUCGAAGAUAUGGAGAACAAGAUUCGUUCCACACUGAAUGAAAUCUACUUUGGGAAGACUAAGGAUAUUGUCAAUGGCCUAAGAUCUAUUGAGUCUUUGCCUGAUAACCAAAAGUACCGGCAGCUCCAAAAGGAGCUGUCACAGGUCCUCACCCAGCGUCAGAUCUUCAUUGACUAGGGUCAGAGGAGUGUUCAGUCUCUGGCUGACAAGUCGAAGCAGGAGGCUCUGAAGGGCGAACUGAUGGUGGCGCUCAAACGCAAACAGAACAGCUAGAAAUGCUACUGUUGUUUUCUUCUCUCACUCUCUCUCUCUCUUUCUCAUCUCUGCUGUCUUUUCUGUUUCUUUGCAUCUCUUCCUCCAUGCCUGUUUCAGUACUGCACUCUUGUUUAUUUGUGGAAAAACAAAAAGGAGAAAAUGCUUAGCUUUUAUUUGUUUUGUUUUUUUUCCUGUCAUUUUUUUUUCAUGCAUCUCUUCACCUGUCAUAAAGCCAUUAGAUCCCCCUCUCUCUUUACCCCUCUUUUCUGUCUCUUCUCUCAUGUUAUGAAUAUAAUGAUAGUAUUACCAUGGUUAAUGAUAAUCUUACAGUGUGAGGAUCAUUGUAGUAAUACUCCCAGAUGUUCUCACAGCUGAUGUGUCUUCAGUCAGUUUGAAUUGAGCGACUUUCGCAACUCUUCCUCCAUGACGAGGAGACGGACACAGACUGCUGUAGACUGUGUAGGCCUGGUGGGAAUGUCGUUAUUAUGUACAUCAAAUUUAUUUCUUGCACCUAUUUUUGUCUAUGACACCUCCCACAAUAUAUUUCUAUAGAAUAUAACUGUCAGUGUAUAACUGUACUUUUUCUGGGUGAUGUACUUGGUGCAAACAUGAGGGCGGACUCUGGUUCUGUUUUCCACUCUGUCUGCGUGCAUGGGAGCAUCGGGCUGCAGUCAGAGGAAAUGUAGACCUAUCAAACAUGGGGAUGGACUGUUAGAAUCACACCCACAUGGUCAGCCCAGCCCUCUACACUGUGUAUAACAUGACCGUUUGCUUCCCCUCUGUUUAGAUUAUUCAACUCUUCUCGCUCACUUAUGUCUUUGUUGGGGGUCACAGUUUGUCUUUGUGUCUCAGUGGAAACCUUUGUUUCCAUUUUGGAGGGGAAUCUUUUGUUGUAUUUUUGUUUUGUUUUUAUUUUGUAAAGCUUAUUCAUAUUGUAUUAGAGCCUCCAGCAACAAUAAAAACAGUAAAAAGUA